ACUGUUUCCAUUCUCUGAAGAUCAGUUACUUUCUUUUCAUAUCAAACUUUUGUAGAGACUGAAGAUGAGCUGGAAGUACCCUCCAAACAGCUAUUACUAUGACUGUCAGAGUGGAAGCUCUGGAAGCCAGUAUGGGCAACCAUACCAAGGAUCAGAAAUUUGUUUUACAGACCCUGAAACUGUGUAUAUAAAAGGUGCCUGCAAAAAUAAUGGAAGAGAAGGAGCACAAGGAGGUAUUGGUACCUGCUGGGGACCAAACCAUAAAUUUAACACAAGUAGUACAUUUUCUGGACGACAGACAAAUCAAAGUGCAUCAUUAGAAGCAGCUACAAAAGGCAUUGAGCAAGCAAAGGCUCAAAAUAAGGACAAAAUCACUGUGUGCACAGAUAACCAACUUAUCACUCAAGGUAUGAACGAGUGGAUUGACAAGUGGAAAGCAAAUGACUGGAAAACAAGUAAAAAUAAAGAUGUUGUCCACAAAGAGCAAUUUGCCAAAUUGGAUUCUAUGACUAGGGACAUGAAUGUCGAAUGGAAAUAUGUACCUGCUGGUUCAAAAGUAGAAGGCAAUACUGAAGCUCGAAGACUAGCAAAAGAUGCAACUAGAAGGAAGUGAGAAAACUAGAUCAAUACAUAAGAUGGUUAAAGUUUCCCUGUUUAACACUGCAAUACCUUUUCUCUCCCCUAUUCCCUUGUUUUGGAAUUAUACUUCAUGGCUAUCUUUGCUGUUUUUUUUUUUUUUCUCUCUGCUGUUUUAAUUUUUCCUGAUACAAACAAGAAAGGAAUGCAUACUGUAGAAAUUGUUCAAGAGAAGUCUUUAUUUACCCAGCAGCUACUCCCUCCUCCCCCCCCUCCCCCGCCAUUCCCUCAAGUAUGUACUCAACAUUCCAAUCAUAUUAGUUGGAAUUUAGUAGGAAUAAAAAUUCAAUAAAAGUCUUGUUUUCCACU